GUGUUUCUAGCUGCGAUGAAGGAAGACAACAACACCAUGUCGACAACGGAGAGCCCCAUCAGUGACAGUCCCACCGCUGCAUUGGCGGGCCGACUCAGGUCAGAGCCUCACAUGACAUCCGUCUCAGGCGCCUGAGCUCGGAAUGAUGUGCUUCCCGAAUCUUGUGCAGGCAACUCAAGAACGAGAAUGCGAUGCUGUUGGUAAGACCAAGUCGAAACUCUUCCUCAGGGACAGAGGGGCAGUAAGAUCCCGUAAUAGAUGUCCUACUGUACCUGACGCAUGUUAUGCAGACCCGUGUCGAGGAAGCGGCGCUGAAGGAACGCGAAACAAGGGAAAGGGAAACAAGGGAAAGGGAGGCUCACGAGACGAAACUCCACAGGUGGGUGGGUGGGCAGGUCGGCACCUCAGCCGCAUCAUGCUCGCACCGAUACCCCUCCCCGGCCGUCUCGGCCCGUGACGGUGCAGGCUGAGUCAGGAACUCAGGACGGAGCGCCAGAAACGGGAGCGGGAACGGGAGGAACUCUACAACGGUACACACGGGCUACCAACGUCACACCCCGUCGUCCCCCCUUACACACCCUCCAGUCCCCUCCAGUUACUCACUCACUCUCUGUCCGUCUGUCUGUCUGUCUGGUGCGGUCUCCGCAGACAACCUCCGCUUGGACGACGAAGCGACACGUGCAGCAGCUGAGAUCUCGAAGCUGCAGACAGCCAACACGAAGGUAGAGAGGCACGCGAGGCGAGGGCCCAGCCAGUGGCUCGACCCCCCGGCAUCUUAAUCUUGUCUUUGGGUCGCUCCGCAGCUGGCGGCGGCCCUUCAAGCCGCGGAAAGGCGUAUGAAGGAUGAGAUCGACAUGGAAGACGCCGACAUAGCGGUAAGCAGAGAAGGGAGCCUGCCUGACUGGCUGGCUGGCUGACCAACUGGUAGAUUGGAGUCAACUCCUUUUCUUUGUUGUGCAGGAGCUGAAGAUGAUCGACGAAGCGCGACCUGCACAGAUGGGAGGUAACCUAGAGGACAGACAGACAGACAGACAGACAGACAGAGAGGCAAACAACGGAUGCCGGUAACCCUCCCACGAGCCGUUUCCCCGUCUCCCUCCCACCCUCCCCGCCCCGCAGCAAUGCGCGAAAGGAUAACAUCGCUACACAAAGAGCUGAAGAAGAGCGAGGAGGACGUGUUGAGGCUUCAGGCACUCACCAGCCAGCAGCAGGUAUAUAGACAUUCGACCGCCACACACACAAAAACACGCAUGUAUGCCUGAACGCCACCUCACGCCAUCCCUUGGGCUGCUGGUGCAGUCGUUGCUGGCCAAGUCAGAGGAGCAGCUAAGUGAACUUCGCCGCCUUGUGCAAGCAGAGACACAGGCACGAGAACUCGCGGUAAGGAGAUGAGACAAAGGCGAACACGAGAGACAUGGCUUGCACAUCCCUCCCGCUCCCUCCCUCCCUCCCUCUCUGGCACUCAUUCAAUGCCAAACGCCAGGAAGCGGCACUCUCAAGCAAGACCCGGCUUUCUGACGCCCUUCGGCUGCAGAUUUCCCUGCCGGAGAAGCGACGGACGGACCGCCGCACACUGGCCAACGGGGCGUGCGUUGACAAGGCGGUGCAGACAGCCAAGGGGGACGGAAACAUCUGGCUGACAAAAACACCACACCACUCGCACAUAGCCCCUGCCGAUGUGGCUCAUUUGCCCGGCGCUGGUCAGUCAGUCAAUGGAUCGACAUGUGGACGUCUGGUUGUGGGUGUCACUCGAUGACUCGAUGCCCUUGUUUAUGUCUCUCUUGAUGCAGGGGGUCAGAGGAAGAGAGUGAGGUCUCGCGGGCGAGCGGCACAGCUGGAGGGAUCGAACCACUGGACAUUUGAGAGCGUGCAAGGCCCCCGUCUCUUCUCAGGUCUCCUCCCGCAGCCCUCCGGAACUCCGCCCCCCUCACCCCCCAAGUUCGACGAGUCCUUCCCCGUUCGCAUCCCUCCCCCUCCGGGCACUCCCAUCCGCCGCCGCCCUUCAUCGGCCAAGGCCGCAGAUGCAACCCCCGUGUGUCGACGAGCCAAGGACGCUCGCAAGGUCAUCCGUCGCCAGGCAGGCCCUCGUACGCUCGGUGAUCUUGCGAAGGAGACGAGGCGUGCGGCAUCGGUUGAUGACGUGUUGUUGAGUUGUGGCGACGGGACGUCCUUUGGCGGGUUUGUGGAGAUCCCCGGUGCUGGUGGUGCGCCCUCUGGGGGCCGGCGCGUGUCCGAAGGCGCGGUAGAGCCGAGGCGGCGUCUCUGUGCGGAGAACGAGAUGCUGAUGGUCGAAUCGGAACUGCAAGCGGGGCAAGGAGAGGAGAUCGGUCAAUACGAGGAGACGAUCGAGUGGCCGGUGGCGACAUGGGAGGGAGGCCAUGAGUGGGAUCUGGAAGGUCUGCAACGCCUGCGCGAGCCAGCGCUGCGCGUGAGAGAGGAGGCGGAGACCCCAUGGGUGGAGGAGCAAGCCAAGCACCCGACCAGGCAGGAGCAGCCAGCAGCACAGACUAACGGACAGGGCCAGCAGGGGAGGCCCGACGUCACCAUUAGCGCCUGGCCAGCGAAUAACGAGACACAAGACACACCACAAACGGUCUACCCAACUCAGGCGCCACACACACACGAGGCAUUCAUGAGUGUGGGGUGUAGGUGUGCGGGACACUCGCCUGUCUGUCCGUCUGUCUGUCUGUCUGUCUGUCGUUCAGGCAUGGACGCAUCGGCUGGUCAAGGAAUGGCCAUCGGUGCUCUACUCGACCGCAGGAUGGUUGACGGCGGCGCAUCUUUUGCGCAAAGAAGCCAGGUGCGCUCACCAAACGGCGUCAUGUCGGUUCCGGACCAGCUUUCCGAGCCCAUGAAAGCUGCCGACCGAUCGUACUUUGGUACGCGGCUGCAGUGACAUGGAUGGACACAGCCAUUCAUCCAUUCACUCACCUGUCUGUCCCCCCCUCCCCCCUUUGGUCAGCCACGAAAGCGCCAGGAAAGGUAGAGAUGACGCGGGAGGCCAGGGCGAGAGAGAUAAGGCGUGAGAUCGAUCGCAAGUUUCGCAGCAAUUCAGCAUCUGCAGCAGGCGGCUUGGCCGCCAAGAGCACCACAGCCGCAUCGGCCCCCCUCUCGGCCGACAGUGGCAGCGGCACCUCAGAGGACAAACAAGACGAGCAUGAGAUCAACUACCGGCCCCAACACGGUGUGCAGCCCACAUGAGGGAAAACACUUAUGCUACCUACAUGCCCACACUCGUGUGUCCCCCUGAUCCACCAGAAAUCGACAGAAAUGCAGGCCAGAGCGGUCGGACGAACAGCGAGAAUGCACAGCGGCAACAUGUGUCUCCCUCGCGAGGCAGUGGCGGUGGUGGUAACGGUAAUCGCAUCUUUGCUUUCACACCUGGUGUUGACUUGAGAGGAGGUCCAAUGGGCCGCUCGGCGGACGGCGUCAUGUCCGUGCCAGCUGCACUGGGGACCAACAUAGCCCUGCUGGAGGGCAACACCGUGGCCAUGGGCAGACAGGGCGGACAAACCGCAGACACCGACCGUCCAAACGACCAGCUGGCACGCGCAAGGGUAACACACUCAUACACACACGCACAGAGAGAGAGAGAGAGAGAGUUCUCAUCAUAUGCCACUCAUCCUCAUGUGUUGGUUGCAUUGGUUGGCAUCAGCGGUCUUGGCAGGAGAAUGAGUAUACUCAUGACAGCCUGAGGGCGCGGCUCGAGGAGUUGGAGCUGUCAGAGCAAAUGAUGGCGCGAGAAAGGUACGGUGGUGCCUGUUGUGCACUCACUGCACUGCCUCCAGUGGUCACGUAUCGUUUGUGUUAUGCUGUGAUGGACAUACAUCCCUGCAGGGCCAUGAUAGAGCGGAAGGGCUUCGCCCUCGUGCUGGACAUCGAGAGACACCCCCACCAACCCAAAACACCCACACGCAGACUCUCAAACUUAGCCGGUACGCUCGCCACACAUAGCACAUCCAUCCAUCCAUCCAUCCAUGCCUACACACUGAUGGGCGCUGCAGGCAAGAACACGACGACAGCGCAGGAGACAUCAACUGUUCCACAGAAUGAGCUCUUGGCAGUGCUGCACAACAUCGAAUCGCCUCCGAUGAUCGGCCUGCCUUUCGGCCAUCACGAUAGUCACGGGGCCCCCCAGACACUGACACAGCACCGCUACCAGCAGCAGUACAGCCAGACACCCAAGCGUGUCCCCGACAUGCAUCGCAUUGCCCAGCUGGCACGGCCCAAGAAGCAAGCCAUCAUCCUCCAAAGGGACCCUGUAGUGGCGACGAGGGGCAUUGUCCGCCCCGACGACCUGAUGCGACGGCUGGCUGUCCACGACAAGGCCGUGUCCAUACCAUACGGGAAAAUAAGGCCGUGUCCGAGGGCCCCCGUUCCGUCGCCCGAAAGACAGCGGGUGCCCACGACACCCACCAAGACCAAUGGCCGGCGAGUCACCUACAUGUAACCAUGGCCGGACUGCAUGCGAAAAUGGAUGGGGUGGAGUGGACACGAUGAUGGAUGGAUGGAUGGACCAGGGUGGGUGGCGGCCGGUCGGUGUGAUUUGGGACGGAUUGUGCGUUUUGCAAUGAUUUGAUUGCAAUGAAGAACAG